GCUAACGGUGUUUGUGGCAGGGGCGAAGUAGUUCAACGAAUUGAAAACCUUAGAAAGCAAACCCUCCUGGUGGUUACUACAAAGGUUGGCGGUGAACAUGUUGGCUCCAGUACAGAGCCCUACAGUACCACUUUCCAAUGGUCUGCAGAUUCCCGUGCUUGGUUUGGGCACAUCACAUUAUGGUGGAUACUGUCAUGAUGCAGUUGUGUAUGCGCUCACUGAAUGUGGCAUCCGCCACAUUGACACCGCAAAGCGUUACGGCUGCGAGGCCAAACUGGGUGAAGCUCUCAGAGAAAGUGGGCUACCACGAAGUGAACUGUGGCUCACCAAUAAACUGUGGCCCGGUGACUACGGAUAUACAGCUGCGAGAAAGGCCUGCCUUGAGUCCUGUUCAGAGAUUGGGGUUGAGUAUUUUGAUCUGUACCUGAUGCACUGGCCAGCGUCACUGAGACCUGGUUGUUCCAACAGGGAGAUGAGAGCUGAGACCUGGAGGGCUUUAGAAGAACUUUAUAAGGAAGGUGUGUGCCGUGCCAUCGGGGUAAGCAAUUUUCUGGUCCACCACCUGGAACAGCUGAAAGAAGACUGUACUGUUGUUCCACAUGUUAACCAGGUUGAGUACCAUCCUUUCCAGCAGCCCAGUCAGCUGAUUCAAUACUGCCAUCAGGAGGGAAUUGUGUUUGAAGGGUACAGUCCUCUGGCCAAGGGUCAAGUCCUCAACAAUCCCACUGUUCUCCAGAUAGCAGAAAAGCACAGAUGCACGCCAGCUCAGAUCUGCAUCCGCUGGAGUAUUCAGAAUGGAGUUGUGACAAUACCAAAAUCAACCAAAAAGAAAAGGAUACAAGAAAACUGUCAAGUGUUUGGAUUCCAGCUGGAGGAUGAGGACAUGGCUGCACUGGGAAGCUUGCAUGAUGGAAGACAUGUUACUUGGGAUCCAACAAAUGUGGAAUAAGUGUGAAGAUAGAGGGUGGUCUUUGUCCUUGAACUGUUAAUGGCUCGAUUUGAAUUUGCUCUUGAUGAUUAAUUACACUGGUCAACAACAAAUUUGUUGUCUGCGUUUUUUUCAGCUGAUUUAGGACGAAUCUGAUGCGCUGAAUUCAAAAAUCACAUUGGUUUUGCUCAAUC